AUGGCACCCUCCGAACGGUCCGACCAGGACCUGUCCAAGUCUAACUUCGACGUAGACUAUGUCAUCCAUUACGAGAUCCCCCCAACAGCCACCGCCGAAGCCGAAGCCGCCUUCAUUCAGCUCAUCACAGCCCUCUCCUCGACUGGCUUCACCACCGAAGUCCGUCGCGGCCGCAAGCCUUCCUCCCUCCUCAUCUUUACCAAACUGGCUUCCCCCAACCUGCUGCGCAAUCAAGUCUACCGCGCCCGUGUCCAGGACUGGCUAUAUGGCGUGAGGCCUGAUGCCCCGGCCAAGAUCACUGCCGAGGGGGAGAGCGAAGAAUCAGAGCCCAUCACGCCGGCCGAGAGACUCAGAGUCGCGUAUUUGUUGAUCACCCGACCUAAAGAUGAGGGCGGGGCAGGUGUCAGCCCCGCCAAUGUAGCUUCCAGCAGUCCAGGUGUGUCACCGGCGUAUAACCGGUUUGUGAAGAGCAUCUUUGCGCCGCACGACAAGGCGUUUAACCGGACUUGGUUGGCAAAAUGGACUUCCAAGUACCAGCCGGAUGAUAACGACCUGUCGGAGAUUCGGGAUCAAUUUGGGGAGAAGGUGGCGCUAUACUUUGCGUUUUUGAGGGAGUAUUCAAGGUUCUUGCUGUUCCCGGCUGCGUUUGGCUUCGCGGCGUGGUUGUUGUUGGGGCCGUAUUCGUGGGUUUAUGCUGUGGUGAAUGCCUUGUGGGGGGUCGUUUUUUUUGAGUAUUGGAAGGUGAGGGAGGAAGAUUUGGCUGUGAGCUGGGGGGUUAGGGGCGUGGGCAGGAUUCAGCAUCCCAGGCCGCAGUUCAAGUGGGAGAGGGAAGGGAUUGAUCCAGUUACCGGGCAAGUGGUUAAGGUUUAUUCGCCUGUGAAGAGGUUCUUGAGGCAGUUGCUGCAGAUUCCCUUUGCCGCAGCCUGCGUGGUUGCGUUGGGAGGGGUCAUUGUCAGCUGCUUUGCCAUCGAGAUCUUCAUUACCGAGGUGUACAAUGGGCCGUUCAAGCAGUAUUUGACCUUCCUCCCAACCAUCAUCCUCACCAUUUUCAACCCGACCUUCACCGCCCUCCUUACCAUAUUGGCCGAGCGCCUCACCGAGCUGGAAAACUACGAGACGCAGGACGCCCAUAUGGCCUCCUUCGUGCAAAAGAUCUUCGUCAUCAACUUCAUAACCUCCUACCUCGGAAUCUUCCUGACCGCCUUCGUUUAUGUCCCAUUCGCCAAGGUCCUGGUCCCUUACCUCGAUAUCUUCCAGUUCACUGUGCAGAAAUUCACCCCUGAAGGUGUCGCCCUGCCCACCAAGAGCUGGGAGAUUAAUCCAGACAGGUUGACGAAACAGGUUAUCUACUUUACCGUCACUGCGCAGAUUGUCAACUUGGCCAUGGAAGUCAUCAUGCCGUGGGCUAAACGUAAGGCGUUCAAGACUGUUGAGAAGGUCCAGGCCGAGCGCAACAACGAGAAGCCGAUUGAGACCCAGUUCAAGGAUGAUCCCCAAGAGGCCGAGUUCCUUGAGCGCAUUCGCGAUGAGGCUGAGCUGGAAGAAUACGAUGUCACUAUUGACUAUCGGGAAAUGGUCAUCCAAUUCGGCUACCUUUCCCUCUUCUCCGUUGUCUGGCCCCUCACCGCCAUCUCCUUCAUCAUUAACAACUGGAUCGAGGCCCGCUCCGACGCCGUCAAAAUCAUCACCCACUGCCAGCGCCCUAUCCCCUGGCGUUCCGACACCAUCGGCCCCUGGCUCCGCUCCCUCGGCUUCCUCUCUUGGCUGGGCAGCAUCACCAGUUCCGCGCUCGUCUUCCUCUUCCAUCACCACCACGGCGGCGCCCACAUCGACGAUUAUUCCCCCUGGGAUAUCCCCUUUUGGGCUUUGCUGCUGACGAUUAUGUUUGCGGAGCAUGUGUAUUUGGGUGUGCAGAUUGUUGUGAGGGGGGUGUUGAGGAAAGUCGUGGAGACGCCGGGGCUGGAGAAGGAACGCGCGGAGAGGUUCGCGUUGAGGAAGAUGUUUGAGAGGACAGGGGGCGUUGGAGGGGUUGAGGGAGGGAAGGCUAGUGAACAGGUCGGGGGUGAGAAGAUUACGAGGGAGAGUUUGGAGGACGAUGCGAGACGGUUGGCUGAGGUUGAGGGGAUGCCGGAGAAGAUGUUCUGGCUGCGCCAGAGGAACCCGGAUGAGACUAUCCAGGUUGGGAGGGCCAUGAUUGCUGAGUUUGCGAACCACACCAGGGCGAAGAAAUAG